AUGACAGACGAAGAACCCUCGCUGAAUAUUCCAUCGCUCCUCACCCUAGCAGUCGUAUCUUUCUUCGUCCUCCGAUGGUUCUUUAACCGGGACGACGCCCCCGCAGGAGGCGGCCGAGGUCGGGGCCGUGGGAAUGUCGUCGAUCCGGCGCAGGUAGAACAAAUCUCUCAGAUGUUCCCUCAGCUGAGCACGCGGGAUAUUAUGUGGGAUUUGCAGCGUAAUGGAGGAAGCGUCGCCGCGACAACAGAGCGGAUCUUGACUGGACUUGGGCUGGAAACUCCACCGCCUUCGUUCCAACCCCAGGUCGCAAUCCCCUCUGCCAACAUCCCCGCUGCGCAGACCACGUCGGCCGCGGCACCGAAAGCCGACGGACAGGAUUUGAUCUCCCGGUACAACCUGAGUGCAAAGGCAGCCAGCAAUGCCGAAACAGAACCACAACCGGCGACGCCAUCCAAGUCUGCCUGGUCUCAGAAUAAGGAAGAGCGCCAACGCCUGCUUCAAAAGCGCCGAGAUGAUAUGAUUCUUGCCGCGCGGAGGAAGAUGAUGCAGAAGAACGAGGGUGUCGCCCAAUGA